CGCGUUUGACCGAAGUGUAUAAACAUAACCUGUUCAGGUUUUGAAGAGAUUCCAAUUUUCAUUAUGGUAUAAUUCAAUCCACGAAAUAUUCGUAAGCAUCGUUAUGUUCAUUCAUUCUCAUUUAUACUGCUAAUUAGUAUAAUAUUUAAUACAACCGAUUGGAUACAUUGCGAACCAUAAUUUUAAGUCUUAAAUAUUGGAAAACCACAGUCCAGGAUGGACAAUAAAAUAAAAAUACUGGUAUGCGGGGACAUUGAAGGAAAGUUCAAUAUGCUAUUUAAUAAAGUUGACAAUAUAAACAAGAAAGCUGGUCCAUUUGAUCUACUCUUAUGUGUUGGAAAUUUCUUUGGAAUUAACAACACUGAAUAUUUGCCUUUCCUAAAUGGCUCUAAGAAAAUACCAAUUCCUACAUAUAUUUUGGGGCCAAAUAAAGAAGAUCAUUUAAAAUUUUAUCCAGCUGAAGAAAGUGAUAUCUGUGAAAAUCUAUACUAUCUUGGGAAAAGGGGCUUGUAUUCAGUCUCUGGUGGUCUAAAAGUUGCUUAUUUGAGUGGUACCUUAGUUAAUGAUAAAGACAAAGUUGAAGCUUUCAACUACACCACAUCUGAUGUAAUAGACUUAAAAGAUAUCUGUUUAAGAAAUAAUAUAAACUACAAAGGAGUGGAUAUAUUAUUAACUUCACAAUGGCCCGAUGGUGUUACAGCUAAAACUAAGAAUGAGCUGAGUGGUUUCAACAAUGCUACAAUUCAAUCUGCAUGGCUUGCAUACCAUUUAAAGCCAAGAUAUCAUUUUAGUGGUCUUGAAGGAAUAUACUAUGAGAGGCCACCUUAUAGGAAUACAAUAAAUGGCGAUUUUGGCAUUGCAACUAGAUUUAUAGGUAUGGCACGUGUGGGCAAUCCAAAAAAGGAAAAGUGGAUUUAUGCAGCUAGUUUAACACCCCUCGAAAAUAUGAAGAUAUCUGACUUAUUGCAGAAAACAACAGAUGAAACUGAAAUGCCAUAUAAUAUUGCUGAACUAGAUUUGCAGAUACAUGGACGAAAAAGUAAAUCUACGGAUCAAAAUCAAUUUUUCUAUGAUAUGUCCCGAAACAAUGAAGAUCCACCCAAUAAAAAGAUUAAACGACCACGGAUAGAAUUUGAUCAGAGCAAAUGUUGGUUCUGUUUAGCUAGUCCUUCAGUAGAGAAACAUUUAGUUGUUACCGUUGGUAAUUGUGUUUACUUGGCUGCUGCAAAGGGCGGUUUAGUUGAUGAGCAUUUGCUCAUCUGCCCGGUUGAGCACCAUCAGAGCGCUGUUGGACUAGCCGAGGAUAUUCAGGAGGAAAUCGACCGAUUUAAGGAAGCACUGCGCAAGUUUUACGCUCGAAAUGGAAAUGUUCCGGUGUUCUUCGAAAGAAACUACAAAACAUCACAUAUGCAAAUUCAAGCAGUGCCCAUACCACGAAAAGCAUCGAAAGAGUUGAAAGAGAUCUUCAUGGAAGAAGCUCAAGGCAAUGAUAUAGAAUUACUGGAGUUAGAAGCUGGCAUGCGGUUGGAUCAGGUUGUCCAAGCAAAAUCACCGUAUUUUGCUUUAGAAUUGCCGAAUGGGGAAGUUUUGUACACGAAAAUUAAAGGGGCGAAAGGGUUUCCUAUUAAUUUUGGCAGGGAGGUGUUGUCGUUGGGACCAGUGUUAAACUUGCCAGAUCGAAUUGAAUGGAAAGAUUGCACUGUUUCCAAAGAAAGAGAAAUCGGUAUGAUUAAUCAAAUUCGCACAGAUUUUGAACCUUAUGAUAUAACGGAUUAAAUGAUUUAAGUUAAGUAUAUUAGUAAGUAUUAUUUCAUAAGAUGAUAAUUGUUAAUUAAAACAUGUAUUUUUAUAAUUCGCAAAUUAGAAAUACAGUAUCGAUAAAGUAAA